CAAAAUUACGAGUAAAUCAUAAGCUGUAAAAAGUUGUCAUCGCGCCAAAUAAGUGAAACGUGAUUCACCGUAAAAACCGGAUAAUUUAAGUGAACUGGUUCCUUUGUGUUUAAUGUUCUUUCAGGCCUCGUAUUCUCGUGCCAUGCUGACUACUGCUGAGGAAACUACCAUGCCAUAAAUUGCGUAUAUUUCGUAUGCAACCAAACACUAAUUGUUUACGAUCCGCGCUUUUCACUGUAAAUAGGGCUUUUCUUUACAUUACCUUUCCCUUUGCAAGCUUUUUAUAAGCUUUUUACACAAAACACUAAGCUCACACGAAUUCCAGAAUCCCGAUCUUAGUUUUUCGCACGCCGCAACUGUGAACAAAGGCGUUUGACAGCGAGACCCGAAAAAUGGCCAACAGAGCCGCAUGUGCAAAUCUUCCUCAACUAUUAUUGUUAAUAACAAUUUUGACUUACCUAGAGCGCGAGGUCGCCCACGCAGCCACCGAAGAAGAUUUUUCUGGGAAGAUCCAUAAGGAGAGUGGCAAGGAUUUGGUUCCCGAAUGGAAAUGGAUCGUGAACAAACCAAAAGAAUUAAAUUUUGGAAAACACUUUGACAUCGUUCGCAGGACGCUUGGUGUCAUCAGUGCCAUUUUUACAAUCUGGAUUUUUAUGGAGACGAGGGACAGGCAAUACGAGAAACAAAACACAGAUGAGUUGCUGGAAGAAUUCAACUUGCAGCUGGAAAACUUAAAUUUUCGUGUAGAAGAAAUUAAAAAGUCUUUACUACAUCUGUCUUGCCUAUACGAUGGCGUCCAAGUGCAAUCGGAGAGUAAAGCCGUGAUUAGAAAUUGUUUACAGUUUAUUCAACGAUAUCGCAGAGAUGCUAUUUAUGCCUCUCUUUUAGUGCAACCGUCACACAGUGUGACGGACAGACAAAUAAAAAAAAAGAGUUCUCUCGCCAACCUAAAUGCAGAAGCUCGGCCAAAAUAAGUAAAUUUCAAUAAACUUGGUGACAUUUAUUUCUUUUGCCAUUGUAUAUAACUGAAUAAUACGGCUUAAAGAAA